UCCGCAAGCACUUACCUCCGCGCUGAAGGCUUAGUUCGGAACCGUAGUAUUGCGUUGCGGAAAGUACUAGUAGUAUUGCGCGAGAUCCUGUGAAGUAAUUUUCUGAUUUUUAUCGAGACUUAUUUGUUGAUCAUGUUGUUUUAAUUUAUCGUUUACAUCUUAGAGUUUUGGAACAUCGUAUUGCAUUGCAUAGUUUUUCAAAGAUGUCCGUAACUGCAUAUGUCGGACAUCACGGGAUAUAUCCUCUGAGAACGGCUAUCUUUGUUAAGGAUGUUUUACGGUUUUGUCGCUUCUCUAAACAUUGGAACUGGACGGCGAUCCCCAACACAUUAUCUAGUCACCCAUCGCAACUUGGUACUUUUAUCACAGUGUCAAGGCAUUUCUCUUUGACUUCUAAAUGUGAUGCGGGACAUAGUCACUGGAAGAAUAUACAGCACAUAAAAGGAGCGAACGAUGCACUGCGAGCUCAGAAAAUGAAUCGACUUGUAAGCCAAAUGCGAAUUGUUGCGAAGACUCACGGAUCUUUUGAUCCUAAGCAAAAUACUGCUCUUGCGAAGCUGAUUGAAGCUGCGAAGGCCGACAACCUUUCGACCGAAAGGAUCAAAUCAGUGUUAGCUAAAAUGGCAGCUUCUAAAGAUACGCGGGCAACUCUAGAAAUGAAAGGACCAGGAGGUGCGCUGAUGAUUGUGGAACUUAUAACUGAUAAUGCUGUCAAAACGAAGCAGGAACUAAGAAGUACUACGAAAAAGUUCCCCAUUCAGUUUGUGGAUGGUGCAGCUGCAAGUGGAAUCAGGUUCAACUUUGAAGAAAAAGGUAUUGUGACUGCUGUGAUGAAGAACGGGAAUGCCGAUAUGGGGAAAGCAGAGGAAGAUGCUAUCGAAAUCGGUGCGGAGGAUGUGGAGGAGGGCAGCAGUGCUAAUGAGAUAGUUUUCUUAUGCGAACCCAUGGAGUUGAACAAUGUGACUAAAGGUGUGGAACAGAAAGGAUACACUGUUCUGGAUAGCGCAGUCGAAUUUUUGCCCAAGCAGAUAAUUCAACUAGAUGAGAAUGCGAGCGAUAUUUUGAACAAAUUCCUUGAUAUAGUAGAGCAGAGAGAUGAUUUCUCAAAGAUUUACCGAAACUGGUAACAGCAAACUAUCAGUGGGUAAAAAACUAUCAGCAAACUAUCUUUUGCUAAUUUUCUUUGGAUGCGUUCCUUUUCUUAAUUUAUCUGGCUGUUGUCAUAACUGGCAUAGCGAAGUGAAGAAAGGCAAAUGCCGAUUAUUACGAAUUAAAUGAUUCGCUUUGUG